AUGGAUUACUAUUGCAACUUCGUUUCACCGCCCAGUCAGAGCGUCAUACUUGUUGCGAAGAAGCUAGGCAUAAAGCUAAACCUCAGGAAAAUGAACAUAUACAAUCCCGUCGAAAUGGAUACCCUAUCCAAGCUCAAUCCACAUCACAUCCUGCCGAUGCUGGUAGACAACAACACUGUUGUAUUCGAACCGUGCGCGAUCGUCCUGUAUCUGGUGGAAAUGUACGCCAAGAACGAUGCGCUCUAUCCGAAGGAUGCGCUAGUGCGGUGCGUUGUGAAUCAGCGUCUCUUCUUCGACGUUGGCACACUGUUCAAACAGAUCUACGAAAACGUGCACGUUCAAAUGCGGAACAGUCAGCCCAGCGAGAAGCAGGUGCAAAGGUUGCAGAAGGCAGUCGACGUGCUGGAAAGCUUCCUUUACGAACGAUCGUACACGGCCGCAGAUCAGCUGACGGUGGCGGACAUUUGUUUGCUAGUUACGGUCAAUGCGCUCACGCUUUGGUUGGGCUACGAGCUUGCUCCUUAUCCACGGAUCAGAGAUUGGCUCGGGAGAGUGGUGGCAGAAAUUCCGGGUUGUGCUGAGUUUCAAAGGGAGGUAGAGGACGCCACCAGGGCGUACGUAGUCAAUCGAAAGAUUUGAGUGUGAGGAACUGUAGCUGUAGUCUGUCACAAAGGUAGCGAGAUACUAAACGAGCAUGAAUUUGCCUCUGCUUGAUGGAAUAAUGCGUAGCGUCACUCCUAGACAUCACUCCUUAUCACGCCGGAGGGAGGGAUGGAUGCUUAUUAUCUAAUAAAAGCCUCUACAAAACCAGGGGUGGUGGAUGGCGCUUGUUCCGGAAAUUCAAUUAUGGUAAAAAGUGGGAUUUGUUGUCAAUUAAAACCAUUCAUUUUGCAGUAACAAGUUAUCUUUCAGUUAGUUAUUGGUUCACAUUUAAACACACAAACAUCAACUCCCUGCAGCGCUGGCAACCCCUGCAAAUUGCUGAUUAGAAGCCAUGGCUGUGUGAUAAGCAUUUUUCCA